GCGAGAGGACGGUUUCCAGGCGGGAGACCGCCGAGCUGCACCGGCGUCUGCUGGACUCGGAGAGCCGCAACCAGCAGCUGGCCGACUCGGUUGCCAUGGCGACGCGUCCGCUGCAGCGCCAGCUGGAGACGCUGCAGGCGGCGCUCAGCUCUCAGCAGCACAGCUGGGAGCGAGCCGAGCGGUCGCUCACAGAGAAAAACGUGGAUCUGCAGCGUCAGCUGGCCUCCGUCACAGAGCGGGAGCGACACGUCUCGGACCAGUACGUGGAGGCCGCCGCCCGACAGGCGCCCCUGGAGGCCUCGCUCGCUGAACUGAAGGCGGAGCGGGGUAAGAUGGCGGACAAACUGACGGCGGUGGAGGCGAGGGCAGCUGAGACGGUCGCCGCGCUCGAGAGGUGCCGCUCGGAGCGGGCGGCCUCGGAGCGUCAGCUGGCUGCUCAGCUGACUGAGCUGCGGGUGUCCCAGGACGAGCUGGAGCGUCAGCUGGCGGCCGAGCGGGCGGCACUGACCGCGGAGAGAAGCCGUACCGCGGCGCUGCAGGAACAGGUCCAGGAGCGCGGCCGCCAGCUCUCUCACUCGCAGUCUGUGGUGGAGUCUGUCACCAGUCAGCUCAGCACGCCCCGCACCUCACCAACGCCCAGCCUGUCGAGGAUAUCCUUCUCCAGCUCAAUGCACGAACUGGCGGCGGCACGGCAGGCCACCAAUGCGGACAGUGUGUUUGACUCUGCCACGCCGCGCGCCUCGGCCGGGAUCAGUCUGUACGACUCUGUCCGCGCGGCCGCCGCCGGGCCCGGAGGAGCGUCCGUGGUGGAGUCACUGACGUCACAGCUCAAACAGAGAGACGGUGAGGUGGCCCAGCUGCGCUCGGAGCGGUCGGACCUGGAGCUGGCGCGCCAGCAGCUGAGCGCCGAGCUGGCGCGCGUCUCGGCUCAGCUGGAGACCGCCUCGGAGGCCGGCCGGCGGCUGCAGGCGCAGACGGCCGAGUACCAACAGCUGCAGGCCACCUAUAACGCCCUGCUGCAGAUGUACGGAGAGAAGGCCGAAGAGUCUGAAGAGCUCAAACUCGACCUAGCUGACGUCAAAGAAAUGUACAAACAGCAGAUCGAUCAGCUGACAAAGCGAGGAGCCGGCGGCGGCGGGUCGUCCUGAGCCUGGCGGCGACUGCGGCGCACCUGGGGCGAGCUGUGGGCCGCCUGGACCGGCUGCCAACCGGCAGGGGAAUCCCUUCAGCUGACAGGGGGAUCCCUUCAGGUGAUAGAGGGAUCGGGUCAGGCCAUAGGGGGAUCCGCUCGCCAUUCCAAAGAAUCCCUUCCUGACGCCCAAAGCGAGAUAGAAGCGUCUCCACAGCGUGAUGAAGGUAGCUCCGAUUCUUCUGAUCACCCAGCCAUGUCGCUAAGAUUGCUAUCUGAUAGCGAGAUAGCGACAAUUUCUGAGGAGAGCGAACCACUUCUAUCGGGCGAGAAAUGUGGGCAGAGUGAGCCUGGAAUGGCAUGUGAUAGACAAUGAGCAUUUGGGGCCAAAGUGGUGGCCGCAAGGGCUGGUUGUGUCUCGGUUUGUAUGAUAUGAGGAGUUAUAUUGAUGCGUGGAGCUGGUAUAGUUGUGGGAAAGUGACAGCGUUCUGGGCUCAAGGCUUCUGUGGACUGGGCUUUAUGCGUCGUGCUAGGGUAAUCUGUGGACUGGGCAAGUGCUAGGGUAAUGGAAUGAGAAUCUAUCCGGACUCAACAAGCCGCAGUCCAUGCGUCCUGAUUUCGAAGUUAAACCACACCACGGGUUUUUUCUAGAGCCCAUUAGCUCGUAAUGCGGCCAUAGUCCGCAUAGGCUCAUAUUUCUCCCAUAUUCUCGAACAUAUGCUCAUGGUAUGAGCCGCAGUGCUAUAAACUGCUAUAUUUUCCCGUUGGUAUCCCGCCUUGGUGUGGGCUUAAAGUCGCACGGCAGCACUGAGAAGCUGCAUUUACUCCAAGACCGCAAGGUGGCUAACGACGGGAACCUGUACCGUUGCGAGGGGACGGGGCGACUCCCAAUGCGAUAAGCAGUAAGCACGCAUCUCAGUGCUGGCACAGGGCCACUCCAUCGCCCCGCAACUCGUGUUGAUGCCCUGCGGGUCGCCGCUGGAGGCAUCUCUGGGGCGAACAUUAUUCCCGUGGCGUUGUAGCCUGGGUAGAGACCCGCGGCGCUUUUUCCCCAAGUGGCUUAUAGACAGAGGAUGGCUUUACACUUCGCCCAGACAGCUGGAGCUAUCAGUGCAUUUACGCGGAUAUGCGGGACUACACAUAGGGCGUCCGGCAGUUUGCUGCAACCUGAUGGCGUAUACCAUAUUAUACUGACGCUGGCGUUUAUUUUUAUACCGAACGGGCUACACGGGACCGUCCUCCGCUGAAGGCUCGCUAUGAAAGUGGAAGGGGUUGCUCGCUAUUUUAGCGUAAGGCCGCUCAUGAUGGGGGUAGGGCGCGCUUGCUAUUGAACAGAGAGACUUGUUCGCUAUGAUAGCGAUACAGCCCGCUCAGUUGUGAUAACUUGUUAAUUUUCGGCGAGGCAUGGCAGGGGCCGGCGCCCCGCUAAAACGGAGGCCGUUGCUACAUACCUACCUAGCGCGAGUUUUGUACAUAACCAGGCCGUUGUCGUGUGUUUGGUUGUGCCCAGGUGAUAGGUUCUGUGCUCCGCUUUUGUUUUUUCGAGUGUGUACCGGAAAAUUGUUUGAGAUCGGUGGCUUGUUCCGUGCCGUAAUGUUUGUUUGAGUGAUCGUGCGCUUGCCCCCCCCCCCCCCCCCCCCCCCCCCCCCCGGAGUCUUGUUUGAUGGGCGCGGCUUACCCCGUAUCCGUGUAUGAAUCCGGGUGCUUGCUUGUUUGUUUGUGCGCCGGUUUUGUUGUGUUUGUCGGGCGUUGGUAUCGUGUGUGCAAUCAGAUCGUUUUUGCCGAUUAUUUAUGAUUAUUUAUCCUGUUAUAGCCCUGAUCGCUGCUGCCCGGGGCCGCUCAGAGUGUUACGUUUCCAAAGGUCGCGGCGGCGCGGAUGGACAGAAUAUAUUUAUACUCGGCGUGGUGAUA